CGGGAUACGUAACGAUCUUCAACCUCAACCCGUGGCUCUGCCGUCUUUCUCCCCGACAACUUCACACGCGCGCCCUCCGCCUUUGCGCCAUCAGCAUUUAUCGUCUCGGAACAAUGGAUCCCGGGCGACGAGCCAUGAUUGCAGACUCGAGAUCGUCGUCGUCUGGCCGUCGAGAGCCCACAGCACCGCGACCUGAUUCAAACAACCGGGUGUCCAAAUCGAGCCGACAGGGCCCGUCGACAACCGCGCGCAAUGCUGCCAAAUACCUGACGCAAGAUGAACAAUCGCGACAGUUUGUAGCCGAUGAGGACAAAUUCGUGCUGAAGCAAGCCAAGAAGAAGGCCGACAUUCGAGUGCGCGAAGGGCGGGCGAAGCCCAUCGACAUCCUGGCUUUCAACUUGCGCUAUGUCGACGCCGAUCGCGAUGUCUUCGAUGAUGACGAUGCCGACGACGAGAUCGAAGUGGCUCCACCUACAAAAGUCAUACAAGAUCUAUCCUCUGCUGCGCAGAUAUCGGAGCUCGACUCGAAUAUUGUGUCUUACCAUGUUCUGGAGACAGAUUCACGGAAUCGUCGGUACUGGGAGGCUUUGCGGACACUAUGUGCGGAUCGAAGGGCCAAACUCGACCCGCAGGGGCACGAAGGGAGAGUCGUGAGCAGUGUUGCGGACGACAUAGACAGGAUCUUGGCACCAAAAACAUUCGAUGAGCUUGAGGCCCUGGAGAAGCAGAUCAAGGCCAAGCUGAAGUCAAACGAAGACAUCGAUACCGACUACUGGGAGCAAUUGCUUCGCAGCCUCAGGGUAUGGAAGGCCAAGGCCACACUCGCUCGGAUAGCGGAAGACAUCGACGCAAAGAAGAAGGAGCGGCUUGCAAAGCGGGAGCCGCGCCUAAAGGAGCCCUCUAGAGACAGCGGCCUACCCGCUAGCAGCAGCCAUAAUUCAGGUGGCUCCUUGGCGUCAACAAACAAAGUGGAUGCUUAUGAAACCGGAAAUGCGGACGACUCUCAAGCCACAAUGGCACUAUACGACAGAGAGGCGGCGCGCGGGGUGUCUGAAAAUGAGGAAGUAUUUGCGGCUGAGGAAGCCCUGCCUAGUGGCACGAAACCCCCGCAGUGGACAGAACAGUAUCAGGCUCGCAAGCCUAGGUACUUCAAUCGUGUACAGAUGGGCUAUGAGUGGAACAAAUAUAACCAGACGCACUACGACCAUGACAAUCCUCCACCUAAAGUGGUGCAGGGAUACAAGUUCAACAUCUUCUACCCCGACUUGAUAGACAAAACCAAAGCACCCACCUUUAAGAUCAUCCGCGAGCAUGGCAGAAGGCGAGGAGAGUCGUUUGCUGCAGCCGGCGAGGUGGACACUUGUCUCAUCCGCUUCAUCGCGGGACCUCCGUAUGAGGAUAUUGCGUUCCGUAUAGUUGAUCGCGAGUGGGAUUAUAGCGCCAAGAGGGAGCGUGGCUUCAGAAGCUCAUUUGAUAAGGGAAUUUUACAGUUGCAUUUUCAGUUCAAAAAGAUAUUCUACAGAAAGUAAACAGCUACUUGAGGAAUGGCAGGCGUAUGGUCUACCUUCGCGCAGUGAUCGCCUAUCCUUGGAUCACAACAGUAUAUAUGAUGUCGGGUAGACGGUCUUUUGGCGUGCCAAGGCGAUUACAAAAGGAGAAGAGAAACACAUAAAGAGCAGGACGCAAAGUAUGCUUAAUGAUACUACUAUUACGAAUCCUUCAACCCCCUAAUGAAGGAGAAACAAGGCUAG